AUGGUCCACACACUUCCGUUCGCCGACAUCCAAGUCACGUCGCCCGGCUUCGGCGCCAUGGGUAUCAGCUUUGGUCUUGGCAGCAACCUGACGCUCGAACAGGCUGAGCCUGUUCUCCUCAAGGCGAUCGAACUUGGCUGCACAUUCUGGGAUACAGCAGUGGUGUACCAGGCAGGUGUCAACGAAAAGCUUCUAGGAGAUUUCAUAAGGAAGCACAACGUCCGCGACAAGAUCUUUUUGGCAUCCAAGUGCGGCAUUGCUGCCUUUGGCGACAUGAGUGUGACCAACUCCGCCUCUCACAUCAACGAGUACAUUGAAGGAACUAUCGAACGGCUCGGUUUCACGCCUGACCUUUACUAUCUGCACCGCAUUGACCCUAACACUCCGCUCGAGGAGUCCAUCCCAGCGCUGGACAACCUUCGCAAACAGGGCAAAACCAAAUACAUUGGCCUAUCAGAAUGCUCGGCAGCGACACUGCGCAAAGCCAACUCCAUCGCCAAGAUCGAUGCCCUCCAAGCUGAAUACUCCGCCUUCGAGACUCUCCAUGAGACGGACGGCUUGAUCGACGCAGCAAAGGAAUUGGGUAUCGCCUACGUAGCAUACAGCCCUCUCGGCCACGGUUGGCUUGUAGAUGACUUCCCUUACCAGACCCCCGACGACUUUGCCCCCGAUGACUUCCGUCGCACUGUUCCCAAGUUUCAAGGCGAGAACUUCUACAAGAAUAAGGCGAUUGUCAGCGAAAUCAAGAAGCUGGCAACGCGCAAGGGUUGUACCCUAACGCAAAUCGCUCUGGCAUGGGUCGCGGCCCAAGGCAUGAUCGCCAUCCCUGGCACAACCAAGUCUACGCGGCUGGAGGAGAACUUUGCGUCACGGGAAGUGGAAUUGUCGGAAGACGAAAGGAAGGAACUCCGGCGUAUAAUUGACUCGGCCAAACCAGUCGGCAACAGGUACAAUGAGGCUCAGCAGGCUCGUGUGGGUCAUUGA